UUUCUGAAGAAGAACUGUUCCUUAUGCACAACAGCCAGUAUAACGGCCAGAUUUAGAGAUGAAAAUUUACUCAAAUGGACAAAAAUGUCCAUAAUGACAGACAAAGUUUGGUCUGUUUUCAUCUUCUUAAUGAUCACACUUCUCUAUUAACGUUUUCAUAUUUUUCAUUUUAAAUAUGCCAUGAUUAUAAUUAAUAAUUUGUCCUAGUCCAUUACUGGAUGGUCCAUCCCAGAUGCCCCUGAGUCCGGAGAAAUCGACUCUGGAUCUCUGGACCAGGUUAACAUCCGGCUUCUUUUCUGCUCAGUAACUCUGGAAAGUAGAGCUGGAUGAAGGUUUCCAUAGUAACCCUUCUUCAUCAUCCAACCUCCAGCUGGUGAUGGUUGUUCUGGAUGCAGAUCCAUGGGAGGGAUCUGAGAACUGAACUGAGUUGAAAUAUGCCUCCCUGGUCCUUUACACCUUGAAAUUCCUCCCGGUUUAAUAAGGACAAAUAUGGAAACCUUUCUUUGAGGAGCUUUGCUUUAAAUUUUUUUUAUCAGAUUUUUUUGGAACAUCUCUGACCCUCAGAGACUUUCAUGGAUGCUGAAGUUGGUCCAAAUCAUUAUUUCUGUCAGCUGGUUUUACCAACACCAGAUUAUCUUCAUCCCAGUCUUUUUCCGGGAUCUGCUGCAGCUCUGAAAUGUAAAAAUGGAGGAAAAUAAACAAGUGAAAUAAAGCUGCUGAGACAGAAGAUAAAACAUUUAGACUUUAUUCAGUCUGCAGGGAAAGUCAGAGUAAAAAUGGAGGAAUCGUGUUUACACAGUCAUCACAUUUAUGAAACAAUCUCAGAUGGAGCCCCUUCCUCUAUAAUUCAUCAGCAUGUCCACCAAUCACAGAGCUGAAAGGACUCCUUUGUCUCCCCAGCAGCACAGAGCUGGACAUCUGAUAGGAUGGCAAACUGGUUUUAAAUAUUUCCACCACCUCUGAUGGAUUUGGUCUCAUUUAGCCUCAAAAGUUGAUUUCCACCGUGAUGUUCCUCCGUCUGGAUUACCGCACUAAUGGAUGAAGUGAAACUGCAGCACAAAGCCUUUAAAAGCUGCUCAUUAAUAUUCUCUGUGAUUCAUUUUGAUCUGCUAAUCAGUCUAAGCUGAGCAACAUGAAUCAUAUUUCACACCUCAGACACUUCGACGGCAUCAUCCAUCGGCAGAUUCCUCCAUUAAAACCCGAAUAAUCCAUCAUUAAUCUGGAUUACAGCUUCUACCUGAAAGUAAAGGAUUAAUAGCAAGAUAAUUCAGUUUAUUGACAAACUGGGAUUUAUCUUUUUAUCCCUGUACAGGAGGCAUAUUAGCUGACUCAUCAAGCAUCAGUCAGGAUGGAUGCAGUUGCUAAGACUAAAUCCAGCUGAGUCAGCACCACAGCGACUACAAACGCAGAUCUUCGCAUCCUUAAUAGGCGCCCUCUGAGGAAAUCAGCAUCUCUGCAGGAUGUAAACUGGUCCCAUUGAGACAGUAAUUAAAUCAGGAGCAGCGGAUUAUACUGCUUCCAGUGGUGAAGCUCCUCCCUGAUGCAGCAGUACAGAUAUGGUGUACGCCCAGUCAACCAACAGAGUCGGUGUAAAUCCCUCCCUCUACUCUCCAUCUUUCAUGUAUCAGAUGUCCUUUAACUACUCCAAGAGAGAGAACUCCACUGUCCUGGCCACCUUUCCCACCACUACACUCUGCAGCCUCGAAGACUCAUCCUCCAGCCAGCUGAAUGCCACCUCGGCUUCUUAUCAGCUGACUUCAGGCGAGGUUGCCGUCCUGGGCCUGGUGUUUGGGGUUCUUUGGCUGGUUUCCAUUCUGGGAAAUGCCCUGGUCUGCCUGGUCAUCCACCGGAGCCGACGGACUCAGUCUACCACCAACUACUUUGUGGUGUCGAUGGCCUGCGCCGACCUGCUCAUGAGUCUCGGCUGCGCUCCGCUGGUCCUCCUGCAGGUAGCCUCGGGAAGAUGGCCGCUGAGUGCUGCCGCCUGCAGGUUGGUGCGCUACCUACAGCACCUCUGUCCUGGCGUUCAGGUCUACGUCCUCCUCUCCAUCUCUGUGGACCGUUUCUACACAAUUGUGUAUCCUCUUAGCUUCAAGGUGUCCAGGGAAAAGGCGAAGAAGAUGAUCCUUGCCUCAUGGCUGUUUGAUGCGGCCUUCGUCUUGCCAUGCCUCUUUUUCUAUGGAUCUGCAUCUGUAGACAGUCAUUGUGACUUUUUCCUCCCAGACAGCUGGGGCAGUAUAGCCUACGCUGCAGUUCAUCUUCUGGUUGGUUUCCUGGUCCCAGUGGCGUUGAUCACAUCUUUCUACCAGCGAGUGGUUCGCUACAUCUGGAGGAUCAGUGCUGAUGGCCACACGGUGCGCCGGACGAUGAACAUCGUACCACGGACUAAAGUCAAAACUAUCAAGAUGUUCCUCAUGCUCAACUCAGUCUUCUUCCUCACCUGGACACCUUUUUACGUUGCCCAGCUGUGGCACCCCAGUGAGUCAGCUGGCCCCAGCAAGCAGGGACUCCUGCUUUUCACUACCAUUGCCUGGAUGUGCUUCAGCUCUACGGCGUCCAAACCCACUCUGUACUCAGUCUACAAUGCAAACUUUAGGCGAGGCAUGCGGGAGACCUUCUGCACGUCAUCCAUGAAGUGCUACCGUAGUAAUGCAUACACCAUCACCGCCAGCUCACGGAUGGCCAAAAAGAACUACGUCGGGGUGGUGGACAUGCCUGUGCAAGCACAAACCCUCACCAAGGAAAUGGUGUACAAUGCAUUUGACCGAGAGCCGAAAGAGACAAAGGUGGCUUGGCCCACUAAUACCAACCCUCCAAACACGUUUGUGUGACUGACUUUGGACAAUUUUUAAAUGACAAACAAACCACAAAACAAACCAAACAAUGCUAAUUUUAGCAGAUGAGCUGCCUGCUGUAUGCUAGCAUCGUCUAAAAGUUUCACCGAAUGUGUUCAGUGUGUAAAAAGGGCUUUUUUUCUGACAUAACAAACCUCCUGGCAGCCAUCACUUUUAUACUUCAUGUUCAGGUCAGUACUUAUUUCUGUGUCGUGUUUCGAUGGAUUGUUUUUGUCAAGGACACAACAGACUUCACCUUUUAGUAACACCAGCUAGUUAGCCCGCUAACAUCAUCUGUGGCCCUCUGUCCGUGUUUUGUUGUAACUGCAUCUGGUUUGCUGCUGUAAUCCAUGUGCUAGAAGCUGCCUCAUACAUUACUGCUGACAUUGUGUGCUUCACUACUUUAUCAGUAACAGUGAGUCAGCAGGAGAAAAAAAACAGUAAGUCAGCUAGCUAACAAAAUAGUGAGUCAGCUAGCUAACAGUGACUUAACAAAAUGCUGAAAGAACGGCUAGUUAUCAGGAACUAGACUGAAUCACAGAUGUUUUUUAUGAAGCUGAUGUGGGGGGAUGGAUUUCAGUCAUCCUGAAAUGUUAAAGUUAAAGCCAUAAACUGUUUGCCUAGAUGGUGUUUGGACUUGGAACAAAAUUCAUGUUAGCAUACCAAACUCUUGUAGUUGAGUCUUUGUUGUAAAUGAUUAUCGGUAGGUGGGUUUCUUGACUUGAUGCCCAUCCAGGGGACAGAAACAACUCUGAAUCUGACUUGUUAAAAAUUAAAAUAAUGCACUAGAUGUUUCUGGUCUGAGCCAACAAACAAUAAACUUCUUGAUUAGA